AUGAGAGUCAGAAACAUUCUUUUAGGCUACGUGCUUCUGCACUCAGCUCAGGCCCUUUACUUGCGUGACACCUCUUACACCUCUCUCACUGCCAGAGCGAACUCGAAGGAACCUUCUCUCACCGCCACAGCUAACUCGAAGGAACCUACUCUCGAGUGGUCUCAGUGCAACUUGGAUUUCGGAACCAAAGACCAGAACGAAAUGCAAAAGGAAUUCGACUGUGCCAGGCUUCAAGUUCCUCUGGACUAUACCAACUCAAGCGACACCAGAACCAUAAAGCUCGACCUGAUCCGCUUCAAAGCCACCAAAGCCCCCCACAAAGGUAGUAUGUUCUUCAACCCUGGUGGUCCAGGCGCUUCUGCCGUCGAGAGCAUGCUGGGAUUUGGACCCAUAUUGUCUGAUAAUGUUAAUGGACAAUACGACAUCAUUGGAUUCGAUUCGCGAGGCACGGGUCGUACCAUCCCAUUCACUUGCCCUGAACCAACCCCCAGCGAAGAUACCACAGGUCUCAAGCCGAGAGACUUCAACGACCUCCCCCAGUUAUAUACUUGGGAUUUCUUUAAGACGGUUUGGUGGAAGGAGGGUGAUGAAUUCGCAGAAAGGUGUUGGGAAGCCAAUCAAGACAUGGGACAAUUCUACGGAACUACAGCCGUCGCCAGAGAUAUGAUGUCCGUCGUCGACGCUCUCGGCCAAGGCGACAAGCUCAACUACUGGGGUGUCUCUUAUGGCACUGUCCUUGGGCAAGUCGUAGCCUCUAUGUUUCCGAAUCGAGUCGGACGAAUUGUCCUUGAUGGCAACAUGAACGCCGACGAUUAUGCUGCCACCGCUUGGUUAGACAGCAUAACAGACGUUGAAAGGUCACUUGCCAACUUUUUUGAUGAAUGCGUCAAGUCUGGAAAGAAGGCGUGCGCUUUGGCAGAUUUCCACGGCAGCAAGACCACUGGGGAGAGCCUGUUGGAGACCUUCAAUGAAAAGCUCAAGGUAGCUUUUGCCGACACCGCUAGCAAGGACGAGUCGUAUGAAGCCUACACUCUCAAGCAGAAUGUCAUGAGCGGGCUGUACAGGCCUGCCUUGUACUCAGCACUCUCAAACACGAUCGAAGCAUUCUUCAAGGGAGAAAAACCAAACAAAACUCCCAAACGCUCAGACACUUCUCAACCCUCAGUUCCAACCAAGACAUGGAGCUCUUCAAUGAAUUAUAUCCUCCCUGCGAUUGCUUGCGGCGACUCCAGCUACCGCAUUAACGACCCUGAUGAUUACUUUCCCUUGUACCAAGCACAGUAUGAAAAAUCAUCAUUUGCCGAUGUCGUUGUUCCCGACACUAUCAAGUGUGUCAAAUGGAGAUUCUCAGCCGUUGAGCCUAUUGAUCUCAACAAGCUUCGCCAGGUCAACACCAGCAACCCCAUCCUCCUGGUCAAUGGUAGAUAUGACCCAGCUACCUCGCUACCAAGCGCAUUGAAGGUCGCAGCCAAGUUCCCAAGAAGUCGCCUUGUUGUUCACGAAGGAGUCGGGCACUCAUCUUUCGCACACCUUUCGAGCUGCACCUUGAAUGCUGUCCGAAAGUACUUUCUCUAUGGAAAGAUGCCGGGAGUCAAUACUACCUGCAGUCCUGACAUGACUGCUUUUGAAUUCGGCAAACUUUCAGGCUGA